UAGAAAAUUAGGUACGUAGCAAAAGGUGUAGUAUCUCCUAUUAAUAUAAAACUUUUUUUCUUAUUCUUCAAAAAUGAUGAAUGCUCAAGGCCACUUUUUGGGGACAUAUCAGCUUCCGUGGUUCUACUUCAGUGACGUUGAAAUCUAUUUCAAAAUUACUCGAUCUAAGAUUGAGUUGUCAUGUAACUUUAUGGAAAAUUCAGAUGAGCAAAAGUCAGCACUUACAAAUCAAUACAUAGAUGCUAAAGUGAAUGUGGGAAACAAAGGGGUUUUAGAUGCCUUUAAGGUAAGAUCUCGUGUAGCACUUGAAAAAGAAACUGCUGCAGCAAGGGCAAUGUUGUUGAAGAAUAGGGCUUCUACAAGCUUGGCCGGCCAUGGUUUUAUUAGCUCUAUUCAACCAUGCAUUUUGGCUACAACCAAAACAUUGCCAAUAUCAAAUGCAACACCGUUUGCUAAUUGUCGUAAGCAUGGCUUUGCCUCUUACCUUGCACUUGAAGAGAUUGAAAAAUCUGAGUACUACACUCGCGUAGAGAUUCGUUAUCCAGAACACCAAAUUAUUCACAAGUACAUGGAUUGUGAGUUGAAAUUUCAUGAGCAAACGAGUCGACAUACUAAUAUGCUUCAGAGAGCACAAUGGGGAUAUCCGCAGACGCGCAAAGGAGAAGGGAAGGUUCCAGUUUUACAUUGGCAAUAGGCCAUUAGCUUUUCGUUGUUGAAAAAUGUUAUCUUAUCUUAUGUUAAUUAGUGGCUUUUUAUCAAGAUAUGUAAUAGUAGUUAAGUGGAGCAGCUAGCUAGCUAGCAUAGAAAGGUCACUGCAUGUCUUUCUGCAGUUGAUCAAUGUUGUUGUUCAGUUUAAUUGUCA